ACGUUUUGUUAUAGCACAUUACUUUAUGACUUGUUUCUUUUUUUGUUCCUUUGUCAAUGAUCACAUUUGUUUUGCUAAUAUUUUUCUUCUAGUGUUUAACAAUAAAUACUUUUUUCUGUUUUAUUCUAUGAUAUUAUCCUCUCUUAAAAGCUGGACAAACCCCACGGCCACGAGUCUUCCAGCUAAGACUUUUUUUAGUUCCCAAAAGAUCAUUGAUCGAAAUUGGCGCUCCUUUUUAUUUUAUCUUCUCUGUUUUUACAAAUCCGAAGAACAGAGUUCGUUGCUCCUUUUGUUUUCUUUAAAACAAAGUCAAGAUUCAGAUACAUACUCUCUGAUCAUGUCGAUACGAAGACGAACUUUACUCAAAGUUAUCAUUCUUGGAGACAGCGGGGUUGGCAAAACAUCGUUGAUGAAUCAAUAUGUGAAUAACAAGUUUAGUCAGCAGUACAAAGCUACGAUCGGAGCUGAUUUUGUAACUAAGGAGCUUCAAAUUGAUGACAGGCUUGUCACAUUGCAAAUAUGGGACACUGCUGGGCAAGAAAGGUUUCAAAGUCUUGGUGUUGCUUUCUAUAGAGGUGCAGAUUGUUGUGUUCUUGUCUAUGAUGUCAAUUACUUGAAGUCGUUUGAUUCUCUCGACAAUUGGCACGCCGAGUUUCUUAAACGGGCUAGUCCUCGUGAUCCAAUGGCAUUCCCUUUUAUACUUCUUGGUAAUAAGGUUGAUGUUGAUGGAGGAAAUAGCCGAGUGGUAUCUGAGAAGAAAGCUAGAGAAUGGUGUGCUGAAAAAGGAAACAUUGUCUAUUUCGAAACAUCGGCUAAAGAGAAUUAUAAUGUCGAUGACUCUUUCUUGUGCAUCACAAAACUUGCCCUUGCCAAUGAACGCGACCAAGAUAUAUAUUUCCAAGCAAUUCCAGAGACUGGUUCGGAGUCUGAACAAAGAGGAGGUUGUGCUUGCUGAAGAAACAUUUUUUUCUUACUCUCUUGAUUUAUGCAUUACUUGUUGUGUGUGUGUGUGUCUAAAAUCUUGACCAAAAACUUGUAUGAUUUUGGUAUUUGUUUGCAACAGUUCAAGUGUAUACAUGUAAUGGUACUCUUUAAUCUGU